AUGAAAAGGGUCGGGAACACAGUGGCUAAGGAGGGCAAGUCCAAGCCGGUGGUGGAAGUCUUGAAGAAGUGGAUCAAGGUGCGGGCCUCGUACAUCAAGAAGCUGCUGAUUGGUCCCCCAUCCAGGGCGUGCCGCACCUGGCUCCGAGGCGUGCUGACGCACCCGUGCCCGCUCCAGCUCCCGUGGCUCCUCCUCCCGUACCAGAACGCCGCCGCUCUCCCGCCCUACGCCACCCGCAGGGCGUCCUUCUUCUGCGUCCUCUGCAACCACGCGCACCGCGUCGCCGUCCCGCACUACACGGAGGGCGCACGCUUCUUCGGCGCGUACCCCGGUGGCUGGCUUUUUCUCGCCUACGGCCAGAGCUGCGGGCACGGGCUGAUCAACCUCCGCACCCACGAGAGCCUCUACCUCCCCGACGACAUCAUCAUAGGGGCAGGGGACGGAUUGGCGUGGCAACAUCCCAUGUUCAUCCGCACCGCCACCCUUCUGCCCCGCCGGCCACGCUCGAGGGAUGCGUCGCCGCCGCCAUCAUCACGCUAUCUGGCCUCCGCCUCCUGCACGUUCGAGUUGGACGCCGAGGACGUCACAUACCACAACGGCGCCUUCCAUUUCCUCACCCGGCUAGGGAAUCUGCUCCUGUGUACGCCAGAAUUCCAAAAUGAAUCGCCCCUGGGACGACUGCAAGUGCGGGGGGAAUUCCGGGAGAUGCUGGGCCGUGUGCUGAACGCCGGCGCUCGCUACCUCGUCGAGUGCCGCGGCGAGCUUCUGAAGUUCUUGCGAGUUCAGCCUCAUCAAGAGGUGACGUGGUCGUUCAGGGUGUUCCGGAUGACGCAGGAGCAGGUACCGGACGCCGACGGUAUCGACGCCGACCAUGCUCGCUACGGUUGGACCGAGCUGCCCGCGCUGGAUGGCCGGAUGCUGUUCGUGGGGCGCGGCUGCUCCAGAUCCUUCGUGGCGGCUCAUUUCCCCGGAUCUCAGGAAGGCGUCUACUUCUUGGAUGACGGGAGUUUCCACGCGGCACCGAUGAUAUGCGUCGGAGACGGGCCCCGGCAGUAG